AAGUUGAUUCCUGUAUUUUCGUUGGCCACUCCGUUUCCGCGCGCCAUGGUUGGUGCUAUAGCUUCCAUUUCCCGACCCGAUCUCUUCUCCAAAAUCAUCACGAUCUCGGCUUCCCCAAGGUAUCUGAACGAUGUGGAUUACUAUGGAGGAUUUGAGCAAGAAGACUUGGAGCAACUCUUUGAAGCAACGGGAGCCAACUACAAAGCCUGGUGUUCCGGGUUCGUGCCGCUAGCGGUGGGCGGCGACCUGGAAUCAGUGGCUGUUCAAGAAUUCAGUCGCACCUUUUUCAACAUGAGACCCGACAUAGCCCUCAGCGUGGCUCAGACCAUACUCCAAAUUGAUACGAGACAAAUCCUCAGGCUUGUCACCGUGCCGUGUCAUAUACUCCGAAUUGUUAAAGACUUGGCUGUCCCCGUCGUUGUUUCUGAAUACUUACACCAAAACAUCACCGGUGAAUCAUUCGUUGAAGUCAUGACGUCCGACGGUCAUCUCCCACAGCUUUGCUCGCCUGAUAUCGUCAUCCCAGUGCAGCUUAAGCACAUCCGCUAUGAUAUCAGUACAGCAUGAAAUUAAAU